GUUUGGCCACCUACUUGUUGCACCAUUCAGCUCCAUUCAUUAUUCAACAUAUUGUUCCGAUUAUUCAACGAAAGCUUUUUACCAUCCAUCAUAAUCAACAUCUUCCGUGUAUAAGUACCGACUGGUAGAUCGAGAAAAAAAGCCAUCAUUUUCUAAUUGCAACAGCAUGGCAUGGUAUCUUGUCCGAGAACAACAAGUGCCAUUGAGUAAGUACCUACGGUUCGAAUGCCGAUAGCUUCCCAUGUUGCAGAUUACAAUCAUCGCUCCGGAAAGCAGCGCAUAUUCACACCGCUUCUUCACGCACCCAAAUAAACAGUGCAUUACCAUUGUGUUCGACAGUCAGUGGCACAGAGAGGAUAGAUAAAGAAUGAGCCAAGAGCCGCAUAUAUACCGAACCGCAACAUUCAGCAGCAGCCAGCAAAUGUAGCGUAUGCGAAGCAUAUGAAGCUGUUUGGCCAUUAUUUUCCCAUUUACGUACCGAGCAUACAACACACGAACCCGAGUAAUUUUAUAACUCAACUCAUUUGGCGGAUGUGCGUUCAAGACUGUCUACACCUGCAGCUGUACCGUGACUCGAAGGAUCGCUACAAAAACGGACAAACAAAGGCAUCGCUCUCGUUGCAGCACUUUCUGGGCGUCGAGUCCGGUUUCACACUCGACAAGGAGUCCAACACGAUAGCAAUAAUCUGUCAGGAUGUGAUAGUGGUUCUGGCGUUCGACACCCGUGAAAGACUGAUACAGUGGCAGGUUAAAAUAUCAAACAACCUAGGAGAUGACUUGCAAUACUUGGUGCUGGUCUCGUCGGCGCCCUCGAAGGCCAAACUGGCGACUGGACCAGCACGAAUGCACAUCCAGGAUCAUCGGUUUUGUUUGACAACGGGAGUUCCUCCACGACUGAAUGGCAUGUGGAACAUACAGCAUCUCAGACGCUACGGAGUCGUUGACAAUCGCUUCUGCUUCGAGGGUGGUUCCAGCUGUGGAAAAGGGGAGGGAUUGUACGUUUUCGUCACGGAUCUUGGGGAUGAGAUUACUCAUACACUUAAAAUGGCAUCCCAAGGUAAACUCGCGAGUAAAAAACGGGCAGCCGCUAGAAAGAUUGCAGCUUUCGACAGUCCUCGGAAAGGAGCGGAGUCCCGUUGCACUAAUUAUAACGACGAAAUCUGUACUGUUCACAUUGAAAAUUCCACUUGCACUUGCCGAACGGCUUACUGGCCUUCGACGGAAUCUAGAGACUUGGACAGUAACUACGGUUGUGGUGAUACAGCUUCCGUGUCCGAAGGACACGAUAGCAUCAACGAUAUGGACUCAUUCCCUCGGAGCACCGUGGCCAACUUGGAGCGCUGCAUGAGUUGCAUUUCGAAGCUGGGUGCACCUUCCAUGUCGCGCAGUUCUACGGUGACAGGAACCCCUGGAGCUGUGGCACCGAUGCCCGCUUGGCAUACGCUGACUGAGCACAACAAUCACAUCAAUCAGUCGCACGUCGCGAAAACACCAGCAUUAGAUAGGAUGUCCCUUUGUUCACACGGUAGCAGCAAUACUUCCGAAUAUUCUAUCCCACGACAGACUUGUGCUCCCAGUCAGCAUGGGCCAGAGUCGUGGUACGAGAAGGUUCCGGCUACUCAGCUGACCUGUAUGCAUAAUCGUCCUACGUCCCCCUGUCAGUGUUGUCCUCCCGGCAGACCACCGAAACCCAAAGAAAUUUCUCUACACAUAACAGCUCCGAUUCAUUCAGCUAUAAUGUCUUGUAAGUCCCCUCAACCAAGUCAUGUUGGUCCCUACGAAAACUAUGACAUCCCAAAGACUCCCGUUGCUAUUGACGACAGCGGCAAAGCAACGGAGAACUACGAUACACCUAAGAAAAUACAAGAGUACCUGUUGAAGGAGGCCACUAGCAGCGGCAAAAGCGACGUUGGUAGUUAUGGCAACUAUGACAUGCCCCUUUCGUUAAGCAAUGCAGUGUGUGGAUGUCUAAACGGCAAUGAAGGUCAAAGUGUAGUGAAGCCUGAUAAGGAAUUAAGCGGUCCUCGGGUGGAUUGUACGUGUAAUCGGGUUAUGUCCUGGGCUGAUAACUGGAUUCCUGGAUUGCCACUGUGUAAACGAGGAAACGGGAUUGAAAAUACGGGUGUCCAGAUCAAUAAAGUUAAGCUGAGUGGUGAAGGAAAAAUGCCUGUGGUAGACGCUAGUAGGGAUAAUGCCAUUUAUGCGACUGUAGAUAUGACUAAGAAAAUUAAAAACCGACUCGAUGGGGCUUGUGAAUGCGAGAGAAACGAAAGUGAAAGUGUUAAAAGUGAUCAGAAAACUAGCUACGAUAACUAUGAGGAUGUGGAAAUACUUUCCGAAUCGCAGAAAGCAAAUUACGCAAAUUUGGAAUUCGAAAAAUCGCUCGAAAAUUACGAAAAUUCCAAGGAAGUGCUACAGAGAGCGGGUCUCUCUAUGCAUGAUUUUGAAUAUGAGCAGAAGAUCUGCCACAAAUGUGGACACCCCAAUAGUAAUUCAAGAGAUACAGAGAACAUUAAAACGGAAUCUCAAAAUGCUGACAAACAGGAAAACUACGUAAUGAUGGAACCUACCAAUCUCAAAUCCAAGUUCCCCGGUUACAUCCCAAUGUCCCCAGCAGCUCCAGCAACCGUGACCGAUGCUGAACCACCUCCAGCAUCCCCAACGGCACCCCCUUUGCCAUUCAAGUCAGAUCUCCUUAAGCAGCGCAUGAGUCGAAUCAUCGGCGAAAAAUCUGCCAGUAAUCCGAGUCUAUGCGGACCAGCGGUCGAUCGAAGUCGAAAACGGAUAGAUGAUGAAACGCGAGUACCCGGAAGUGCAAUGCUGAAGGGAACCACCAGCCCGUACGCUCGCAAGCAGCUGCUGGACCACAGCGAUCUACUACCUUGUGAUAAAAGACUUUCCCCUCGAAAACGUUCCGCCUCGGCCGAGUCAUCCCGCUUCCUAGACGAUGGAGAAGAAGUCGAAAGUCCGCUCAGUGGAACGGCAUCACCAAGCACUGAAACCCUCCAAAAGCCAUCCACUUCGACCUGCAAUAUCGAAAUCCGGAGAUUGUCGUCACCCUGCGUUCACCAAGAAACGGAACCAUGUUCGGCGGAAGCGUGUUGUGAUAAGACGGCCGCGCCCAUCGAAACCGAAGACGAUAUCUCCGCAUCCACAAAUCCUAGUCAGAAUUCACAAUCGGUCUACAUUCGACGAUCGGAAAGUGUUCCAUGCAAAGCUCAAAACCGUGAUAGUUCAAGCUCCAAUGAUUCCGGCGUAUCCACAGGAUCUCUACGACAGCGGGGAACAGACUUUACGGAAUUCGAGCUUCCACUCACUACGGCAAUGUCUGCCCGAAGACACCAACGACACGUACUUCCGCAGCAGGGAUGUGUUCAUUCGUCUCUCCCACGAAGAUCCAAAUCGUUCGAUCCACUACGGGAAUUGACAUUCCAAUUUCAAAAAAUUCGCGUCCCCGAGAAGAGCACGUCCGCCGAAGCCGAAGUGCCCAUAUGUCCACCGAAAACAAAAGCGUACGGAAGUCCUGAUAUAAUGGCAACCACCACGGUACCGUACAUAGACUCCAGAAGUACCAGCAGCGGGACUUCCGACAUGUCCGACUACAUCGAAACCCUAUCCCUGUCCAGUCACAGUUCGUCGGAUACACCCGAAGGCAUGAGACAUAUCCGACAGGCAACUUCGACGUUAAGGCCUCGCUCCGGCAAGGAAUACCAAAACAUUGACCGGUCGAUCCUCUCGCUUACGCAGGCUGGCAGUGAGCCUUCACUGAAGCAUCCCGGCACACCGUCACAGCUGCGUGGACUGCUACCGUGUUCGGCCAACUACGCCAACAUUACGCCCGUCCCGGAAAAUGCGGAAUCACCCAGUCCCGGUUACCAGAGUGGUACCUCCCCGCAGGAGGGACAGGGUCAGCACUUUAUGUUCAAGAACUCGUCUUAACUUCGAGAGCAUCACCAAUCGGUCAACAAAUGAAAGCAAUAAAGACUAACUUUUAUAUAUAAGUAUAAACAAAUAGAGAAUCAAAAACAAAUACCUAUCUAUAUAUAUACCAUACGAAGAAAAAAAACAAAGCAGCAUUGCAGCAAAUUGUUUUGUAGCGAAAAACCACACUCAUCCAAUCAGAAGCCGAAUUGACUGUUAGACGCUGCCAGGAGAGGAUUGUGCACUAGAAUCGAACGAAAAGCAGUAAAUCCGAAUCACAGAACCCGAUAAUACAGGAAGUAGCGCUUGUUUCCCUCUGAUUUGGUCCGAAUAAUUACUUUUCCUUUCCGUGUAGGUUCACGGCUUUGAUUGCUUUGUCUUCUCUUCCAUUGAUUUUUAACCUUUAGGGCAAAUAUUGAUCCCCUCUUCCGUCAUCCUUCAGCAUCAUCCCCCUGAAUUGCGCACAUGCUCCCAUGUCACAUCCGCAGCCUGAGCGAAAGGUUAUCCUUCGGCUAAAGAUGUGCAAACUCCCACACAAACGCACACAUUUCAUCUUCGCUUAUCAUAAGACGCGACAGAAGUGCGGAAUUGGAACUGUUGCAGGCAAGGACAAACAGAAGAAUAAUGAAGCACAGCGAACAAGAAGGGGAUUAUUUCCCUUCGCUCUUACACUCAGUCGCAGUCGCAAAACGUAACAAGCAGCAGCGAACGGAAAGCAAACACUGCAUUUCCCGAUAGUCCAGAGAAAAACCGUUCGUUCGAUUGGUUGAAGUUGUGUAACUACAAAGAUUUGAACGAUAGAUCGUUGAAUGAUUUCUGUUCGUACAAUUAUUUCGGUGUAAAGAAAUCACGGGAUGACUGUAUUUGCUUCCGAGAUUUUCCGGUCACCGUGGACACCAGUAAAUGGGCGCUUCAAAUCAGCCAGCGUCUGAGAACGAGGAUAAAUAAGACUCCGUUUGGUUUGUGUGGGAGUUUUGUGUGCAGACCGCAAAAAUAAACAUAGCCAGCAUUAUUGAUUUCUCAGGUUGCGAUAUACAGUUGAUCAACUUCUUUUGCUAUGUUUGCUUCUAUUGUUUACAAUGAUUCAGCAGUGAAGCUGGCUGGCAAUGGAGGGAAAUCACAGCAUUUGUUCUGUGGGUCUAAACAGAAACCCGUGACACCCAACGUUACACUAUUAUACCCUGAUACCGGGGUCACGGACGAGGAUAAUAGAAUUAUUUAGAGUUAUUCUGUUCUGCACUCAAUCAUCUUCGGCGUAUGUGGAAACUUUUAACAAUCCUUAAACACAGGAAAACAAAUAACAACGACUUUUUAUUGUUUUUGUUAUAGAUGAACAAUGGUAUGUGUCAGCAAUAGAGUAUUUUUACUGUACCGUGCUUUGUUGAUACAUAAUGAGAAACCUAGGGAAGAGGCGAAGACACAUGCAAAUACGUAUAGAAAUCCAAAGGAGUUAAAACCAGUGUAAAAGUUCCACUCGAAACUUUUAUUCAAGUGCUAGUCUAAACAAAAGCCCCGUUUUCAACCGAAUGCAGGAAGUUAUUGUUGUAAAUAUAUUUAAAAAUAUAUACAAUUCGUGUAUUAUAAACAAUUGCCAAAAUACCUAUUACGAAAUAUUUAUUGAUAUACCCCUUAGCGCAUACUGAAUAUUGACGCAUUUAAUCCAAUAUUAGUAUACAUAUACUAACGGAAAACCUUCUUUUCGAAAAAUGUAUAUUUAAGACGUACUAAAACAUGAUCUAUUUUCUAUGUAUAUAGAGCAGCACUUUUAAGUCCACUCCUCUCGUGAGAUCCAUUUUUGUCUCCAUCGGAGAGCCCAUCUAAGAUUUAUCCCUUUCUUUCACCUUCAUUGAAAAUCACUAACCUAUUCACUAUCACACCAGUUCUAUGAAAUAAACACACAGGCAAUUCAUUUUCAUCAUUACUCUUGUAACACGCCUAAAAAUCACACACACAUACACACGAGAAAAUUAAAAAAAAGUAUACAUACACUAAUCAAAGAAAAAAAAACAAGCAAAGCAACAAAAAGCAAAUCUAGCAAACGCAAAUCAACUCAAAAAUAGCAUAAAUCGUUACUCGACUCUAAGACUAACGAUGAUCGAUGUUGAAAAUUUUGGUUCCGUUUUUUGACAAUGAGAAAAAAAAACUUCAGUUUUUUCUUCAAUCACAACAAUCGAAAAAAGCACAAAUUUAUCACCACCACCACCACCAGCAACACAAUCACCUGCAGGAAGCACCAGUGCAAAAACUGAGAACGAAAACAAUGAAACUGAAGCGCGUUGCUCUAGCUCAAUUUUAAUAGUAAUUGGUAGUGAAUCGGAACCGUUUACCUAAUUCGUUUAGUCAAUGAUUGCUUCUGUUGUAAUUUCACAAAAUUUAGCAAAAAUUGAAAUAGUAAUUCCAAAUGGGGCCGGACGACUUAAAACGGAACAGUGGAAAUUGCGCUCGGAGCACUUAUUUGUUCGUAUACUCGAUUUUGAACUAUCGGAAAGUUGUGACGUAGUAGGGUUUAUAUUUUAUAUACAUACAAAAAAAAACAAAAUUCAAAGAAAUACCGAAAAAAAGGUGGAAAGUUUGUUUUAACUGGUACAAGCAGGAGAAAUUAUACGCUAAACUUGUAAAUAGCAUUACUUUGAAACAAUGGUUUUCGGCAGCGAAAAAGAAAAAAAAACAAAAAAAAACAAUAAAACGAUUAAUGGCAAUCGAAAUGGCAUCUGGUGUUUGUAGCUCCACAUGUAGCAUGCAGAAUUGAAUGCAAAACUGGACAAGAAAGCGAAAAACAAAGAACACUUAAACCAAUACAACAGAAUUGGUGUGCAAAAUGUUGCGCCCUUAGAGCAUUAUUUGCAUAAUGGCAAAAUUAAGAACACAGCCAACCGAAAGCAUGUCUGAGACGUAAGCAAGUCCAAAUAAAACUAUUGAAACUUUCAUAAAAUGUAC